CUCGCUUGGCGACUAGUAGCUGAGAGAAAAGCUGCGCCUUAAAUGAAACAAAACGCGUGAAUCCUGCGCUUCCACCAUCGCCUUAUGGUCUAAAUCUGUACAAUUACAGAUCACCCUGGACACCAGCUGAGUCCUGGAGAGCCACAGUGGAACAUCUAAAACCUUCAGACAUCAAUCCUGGUUGCUCAGCUUGCCGAUCGCAGUCACAUAAUUUUUGUAAAAAGGGAUGCAUUUUUCGGGGCGAAAACCAGCCUUUGGGCAUACUGGAUGUCAUUAUCCUUUGUCAUGCUGAAAAAUGAGUGCCUUGCUGCACAGGGAAGCCAUUUUGUGUGCUGAGGCUCCUCUCGAUGCCCGCACUUCUGCGCUCACGUCAGCGGCAGGAAGCGCACCUCUGGCCGAAGCGGGGAGACGCGGGGCUCCGCUCCAGAGCAGCACCCGGACCUGCGGGUUUCACCGACACCUCCGUUCCUCGGCUCUCCUUUCUGUGCGAUGGAUGGUGGGGAUCUGAGGAGUUUCUUUCUUCUGGUUUCACAUACCGCCAUCUACCAUGAGCAGUUCUACUCCAUCUACAGCUAAUGGCAACGACAGCAAGAAGUUCAAAGGAGACAGGUCUCCGUGUGGCCCCUCCCGUGUGCUCCACGUGCGGAAGAUUCCCACUGAGGUCUCCGAAGCAGAGAUAAUCUCCCUCGGAAUUCCCUUUGGCAAAGUCACUAACCUGUUGAUGCUUAAAGGGAAAAACCAAGCCUUCAUAGAAAUGGCUUCAGAAGAAGCAGCAAUCACAAUGGUGAACUACUACACGUCUGCCACCCCACACAUCCGCAAUCAGCCUGUUUUUAUCCAGUAUUCCAACCACCGGGAGCUGAAGACUGACAACCUGCCCAAUCAGGGGAGAGCCCAGGCAGCCCUGCAGGCAGUGAACACGCUGCAUUCUGGGAACAUGACCCUGACCAGCUCUGCGUCGGCCAGUGAGGGCGCUCUCCUGCCCGGCCAGAGUCCCGUGCUGCGCAUCAUCGUGGAAAACCUCUUCUACCCUGUCUCGCUGGAGGUGCUCCACCAGAUAUUCUCCAAGUUUGGGACCGUCCUGAAGAUCAUCACCUUUACCAAGAAUAACCAGUUCCAGGCUUUGCUCCAGUACUCAGACUCUGUGAAUGCUCAGCAUGCCAAAGUGACACUGGAUGGUCAGAACAUCUACAACGCCUGCUGCACCUUGCGUGUGGAGUUCUCCAAGCUGACCAGUUUGAACGUCAAGUACAAUAAUGACAAGAGCCGGGAUUUCACACGUCUGGACCUCCCAUCUGGUGACGGCCAGCCCACGCUGGAGGCUGCCAUGACAACCCCUUUUGGUUCUUGUCACGAUCAUUUUACCCUGGCCGAUGUGCUCAGAAGGGGAGAGAUCACCGGCAGCUGGGUUGUUGGGGCUCCUGGUAUCAUCUCCUCUCCCUACACCGGAGGUCCGGGAUUCGCUCCCAGUAUUGGCUUCACCCAGGGAGCAGCUCUUCCCGUCUGCCCAGGACUGUCCAUGCAGUCAAUGCCCGGCAGUCUCGGGCCUUUGGCCAUCCCGACAUCAGCAGUGACGGGGAGGAUGGCACUCCAUGGGAUAGCCCCCACUGCUAUGCACUCGGUCCUCCUGGUGUCCAAUCUCAAUCCCGAUAGUAUAUCACCACAUGGACUCUUCAUCUUGUUUGGGGUCUAUGGGGAUGUGCAGAGAGUAAAAAUUCUCUUCAACAAGAAAGAAAAUGCCCUGAUACAGAUGGCCGAUGCCACACAGGCACAGCUUGCAAUGAGCCACUUAAAUGGGCAGAGGCUUCAUGGUAAGGUCAUCCGCGUGACAAUCUCCAAGCACCAGACUGUCCAGCUGCCCAGGGAAGGUCAGGAGGACCAAGGGCUGACUAAGGAUUUCAGCAGCAGCCCAUUGCAUCGCUUCAAGAAGCCUGGCUCCAAGAACUUCCAGAAUAUUUUCCCUCCUUCUGCGACUCUUCACCUUUCCAAUAUCCCGCCCUCAGUGACGGAUGACAUUCUAAAAGACCUCUUUGCUGGCACUGGGUACACAGUAAAGGCCUUCAAAUUUUUCCAGAAAGACCACAAGAUGGCUUUGAUCCAGCUUGGCUCUGUGGAAGAAGCCAUCCAGGCGCUGAUUGAUCUGCACAACCAUGACCUGGGGGAGAACCACCAUCUCAGAGUGUCCUUCUCCAAAUCCACCAUCUAACAGCCACUUUUGCACACGGAAACUUUUACUCCCUGGCCUUCAGGAGAAAAAAAGUGAUCAGCUGAUUUAGAACUAGCAAUUUAUGGAAAAAAACAUAAUAGAUUCAUUUUGAUAGUUAGAUUUUAAAAAUGGAAUAGACUUCGAACGUUCAGAGAGGAACGCAUGGUGAAGGCCAGUUCUGGAUUCAGGGGAGGAUCUUUAACAUCCUUGUGCGACCAUCGCCUCGGGUGUUGCGCUUCGGAACCUCCUUUGGUGGACUAGUCGGGGGUCAGUGUAUCAGGGGAGGUGCCUCUGGAACCCUGGGGUUCACUUUCACACUGAUGUUUGACGGCACGUGGACCGUGACCAAAUGCUGCAUCUACAAAACUAGCCAUUUUGGUUUGAAGAGCCAUGAGCAGGAGGGAGCGGUGAGUUGUCAGGCCUGGAUUCAGCCCUCUCAGCGGAAGGGCAGUGACACCUUUCAUUUCCUGUGGUAUUCAUGCCAAGUGUCUUGCUGUGGUUGGAGGUUAUCGCACAAGGGCCACUGUUGGGGCGACGACUGGCGCCUAGGACUCGCCUGCGGAUUCCCUGACAAGAACGCUGCAGCGCUGCAGUUUCGGAACAACCCGAGACCAGGCUGCCGUCUUAUUUAGUCUUUAUUUAAGGAACGUUUUGCACCUUCAUCACUUACUUUACUGUGCAAAGGCUUUUAGACACAGAAGUUGGUUAUUUGUGAAAACUGACGGCAAAUAAAUGUGCUUUUCGUCCGCUCCUCUAAAUGAGGUUUGCGGACGGAGCUGGCAUGUUGGCGGAGGUCCACCUCACGUAUGCAGUCGCCGGCGAUGGCAGCGAGAUCACGGCGGCGUGGACGUGCGGAGUGGAGUGGCCACGCCAUGAUCAUACUGGAACACUCAUACACUCGGUGCUCAGGUGAAGAAAAACCGUGGAAUCAUGAAUGUGAAGAGACUGGAGAAGGGUGACUGUCAUUAGUCUAGGGUAUGUAGGUAAACCAGUACAUUCGUUUGAUCACUUUACCAGAUGAAUCUGUAACGUGUAGCAAGUGCUACCUUCUCUGAGAACCUGUAGCCUUGCCUUAAUUCAUUUCUCAGCUCCUUUCAUCUUGGUUUCUGUUGCUUUGUUCUUUCGGUUGUUUCCUUAUGGCAAAAAAUACCCCCCUUCCCCCAUUUGCCUUGCAGUGUUACUAAUUAAACCAAACCUUGCAUGUGUGCCUAGAAUUGGAGAUGAGUACACCAGGGAGCUACAGGAAAAGAAGAGUAUCACUCUCAUGGUAUAGAAGAGAAGGGGAGUAAAUAAGACUAUGGACGAUUGACUUGGGUCACUGGGUUGGGUAGCGAGUUACCUUUAACAUUCCAGGGAGGGUUGGCGUGAUCUGAGGUUCUUGUGAUGCAGUAGAAUUGUGCCUCUGUCCCCAAGGUCACCCACUGGCACCGUCUCCUCCUUACUCCUAGGAAAAGCGACAUGUAAGCAAAAGCAAGGCUGGGUUACUGUUUUCACCUAUACCUGGAGAGGUACAAAAGGCAAACAUUCAUUUUAAAACAUCCAAGCUUUUCCCUCUCUCACAAUUUUUUUUUUUAAGUUUACAGUCUUAAAAUAAUUCAGGUCUGUAUAUUUUACAAAUUGUCAGGAUUUUUAAAAGGAAAAUUACUUAUUUUUGGUAAUAAGUUUUUUUAUGGAAGUGAAAAGAAAUCUGUAACUUCCUGGGUUUUUGUACCAAUAUAAUCACUCAAGAAAUCACAGAAAAAUCAUAUUACUGUGUCUUCACUUAAUUUCUUAUUAUGUGCCUUAUUAUGUGCUCAUAAUCAAAUAGAUUCUAGAAACCUUACCUAAGAUAUAUACUACUUUGUGGGGUUGGUGAGAGAGUUCCUUUGUUUUACUUGUCUUAAUUGGAAGUGUAUGUGUGUGUGUUGUUGUUUUUCAGUGCACAUAGUGGAUUGAAUGGUUAACUAGACAUACAGUGUGUGCUGUGGGCUUCUAACCCUUCCGAUUAUGGCAUCUUUUAUUAUGUGAAGAUGAAACAAUUUUGGAGGCAAAUUGCUGAUGGAUCUGAACUUCAUUCUUUGGAAAUGAUUAGCAAACCUUGUUUGGGACUUGCAUUGGCAUUUCAGCUGAACAAGUUUGUUCAUAUCCCAGUGCCUAAAUCAGCCAUCAUUGGCACAGGACCGAUGCCAGUGGGCUUCUCUCCCAGAGAGCUCAUUCAGACACGUGCCUGAAAUAUGUAUUUAUGGUGCAAAUCAUCUUCUCCCUUCCACUGUUGGAGAGAAACCAAUGAGAUCACAUUUACACGACAAUACGCUUCAUUUUCAAUGGUGCUUUGCAUUCUAUUAAAGCCUCUUUAUUUUCCUGGGAACUUUGAAAGGAGAUAGUGGUUCGGAUGAACCUACACUUUCUGAGGAGUUUGUUAAGCUGAUGGAGUAGGAUACAAUUGUGAACUCAUACAGAUAGGGCAAAAUUAUGGCUUGCUUAUUUGUCUGAAAAUUGAGACAACCCGAUUAUCUGACAGAAACCGUAGGAAAUUCUGGGUGUUCAUGUGAAAUCUGUGCACAGAGGGCCUGAUUGAAGCUCGUGAGGCCAGGAACCCCUGCUGAUGCCAUGCUGUUCUUCAUUAUGGUAGAUACACAGGACCAGAAAUGGCUUUUCUGCAGAUGUUUCAUGUAGAUUUUUCACUGUAAUGUGGGCUUAAACUUUAUCAGACUGCAUUGUGAAUCACAAAUAAUCAAAUAUGUCCUUUGAUUAAUCUGGUUGUAUUAAUGAGAUACGGCCUUUAAUGUACUCUAACUCUGUGGCAUUUGAUCACAUUUCCAGUUAUAAGAUUAUGAAUACAUUACAGCUCAAGGACUUUGUAAAUAGUCAUAGCAGUUAACAUUAAAAGAUUAGUUUCUUUUCAUUACAUCUCCUUACGGGUUCCUUGUGGCGUAUUUGCUAUUUUCAAGGGCUAUUUCAGUAAAAGAUAUUGCAUGCCUUAAAUAUAACAGAAGCUGCCAUUAGUCAGUGCUGCUUAAGUUCAAUUAACGUAUUAUUGGAUUUGUUAUUGUAUGUAAAUGCAAUGCAAGGACCAAAUGAAUUGAUCAUGCCAAUGGCAGGUGGACCAAGGUGCAUUAAAUGCUAUCAUUAUGAAUAAUUUGGAAUUAGAUCUGACCUAACAACUAAAGUUUAAAAAAAUAAAAAAAAUAUUUAGAAAAGCACCCUCCUUGAAAUUCAUCUAAACUAACUACAAAAUGUGUUGCGGAUACUAAAUUUGGGGGAAAAACAUGCGACAAAAAAUGAAUAUUCGAUGCAUCAAAAUCAAUCACAACAGGUACACUAGUGAUGUUCUUAAGGAAGUUCUUGUGACACGAAAUAGGCACGGUUGCAGACGUAAGAGAAUCUCGUGCCUGUCAUUGUUCACAGUCCCUCUUGCGUUGCUUCCGUGUGAAGUCAGUGAAAAUCAGUUUCCCCUCAAUAUCUGGAAGAUUCAUUUGGUGUGUAGUAGGGACUAAAAAAAGACGUACAGAUUUUUCAAAACUUUUCUGUUGAGGCCCACAGCACAGAGCGUCCCUUUAAGAAUGCUUUGUUUGGCCCUUUUGUGUGAAUCUGUCUGAGAUGCAUCUUCAUGAUUGUUACGUAGGGAUGUAACCAUUCACUGUAUAAUAUACAUAUAUAUAAAUAUAUAUAUAUUUUAUUUUUUUUCGUUAUUCUAGCUUGUUGAUUUAUCUUUGGUGUGAUGUUUUAAAGAAGGUGUGAAACUGCUUUGGGUUGUCCUCUGUCAUUGUUUCAUCGCAGGGUUUGGGUUAUCUAUUACUUUCGGGGGAAAAAAAUAAAAAGCUUAAUCCAGGUCAUUCCUGGCAAACCAUAUUUAUUUUAAAACCGAUCGGGGGAUGUGUAGGCAUCUCUAAGCCUGAAUUGGCUGCAUUGGAUCUUUUUUCCCCCCCCCCAUUCAAUAACUGAUUUUUCUUCUGAGUCUUUUUUUUAAUGAUUAAAAAGUCAGAUUUCAAAACCAUCUGGGAGCAAAAUGACCACAGACACAAGACUUUUGGGUCUUUUUAGUUAUUUUGUGUUCAGUCUUAAGGAUUUAGAUCGAAGAAGCUCAUUCACAUUUUAAAGUACCUUAUUAAUCAGCUAAACACAAUAUUCAUAUUUACCUUAUUAAAAAAAAAAACAUAUAAAACCGGACCAAAGUUUUUUGUGCCUUUUACAGACCUUAAUUACAUAUGACCUUAUUCUUUUUUACUGUCAAAAAUCGUGUAAACAGUGUCUUGCUUUUCAAAUUGUAUGUGAUUGAAUAACUAAAAAAAAGAUUCCAAGACAGUCUUUUAAAUAAAUGUGUUUAUUUUUUUAUUAAGUAUGGCACAAGAUUGUUUGAAGUCCAGUCAUAAUUUUAUUUAUACAGAAGACAUAUUAUUAAGACUAAUUUAUUUGCAUAUUUGGCUGUUCUCUCGCUCUUUGUCAGUGUCUUGACAAAGCCACAUAUGCAUUUGAUAAUUUUCUCAUUUAUUUAGUCGUUUUAAUGAGAAUGGCUGUUUAAAUGGAAAUAUUCCCAGGAUCUCUCUGAAUGGGGUCAAACCUGUAUCUUAGUUUGCAAUGUACAAUGUGUCACUGAAGAAAAUUGAUUGUUUUAAAAGCUUUAGAAAAAAAAAAAUCACUAAGCAAGUCUACAGACACCAAAGGAGUAUUUGAAUUUGAGCUUUGUGCAAACCAUCGAGUUAAAGAUGCAGAUGAAUAAACCUUAGCUUCAUUUGUGUCAUGAAAAUUAAACGCUAUUUUAACAGUAAAAUUCUUAUCCCUUGCGUAAAUGCCUGGUCUCAAUGGGAGGAGCAUACUCAAUCCCUGGGGACGUGAGCCUCAAGUUCAUUUUUAGCCUCAGUUUUUUUUUUCCCACGCAUUUUUCAGUUGGACAUGUGAUAACACCAUUUUGUUUGAAUGUUCAUUACAAUAAGGAAACAAAUGCUGUACAUAUAUUUUCCCCUUUGUUUUCCUUAUUUUUCCUUUGUUUCCAGUGUUUGGGAACAAAAAUAUAUAUUUUGCAAUAUAAAGAAAAAAACAGACUUUGUCUUGUGCAUUUUUACUGAGUUUCCAGAAGCAGCUUUCCUUUGUAAAGCAGUAACUGUGGCACCAUUGGUCAGGAGAGAGUGGUUUCCACUGUUGACUUAAUGUAAUGACAUGCAACUAGAGGUUUGAUUAAAGAAACAUGUUUUCUAAUUUUGCAGUGUGCAUGGUGUUUCUGUAUUUUAUAGAAGACAGUUUGGGUUUGUAUUGCCUAUAAUAAUAUUGCUAUUACUAUGAAUACUACUCCAGAUACUACUCUGCUUACUUUCUCCCUAACUUCAGUUGUAGCAUGCCUUAAAUAAAUGUAAUGACAUCGGUA